AUGAUGUCUGGUGGCCCCCUGGCACGCCGGCCUGGCAGCGGUUCUGCGCUGGAACGAGGUGGUCAGGCACAGCUGGCGCAGAUGCAAAUCUUCAGCGGUGGCGUUGCGCGAUCAGAAAGGGCUUUGGUGGCUGGCACCGAUGGCAGCGUCGAGCAGGUUCAAAGUAACAUUGCGAAGGCGGUUCAAGCCUUUGGCCCCACACCUGGUGGGAAGAAAAUGAUGCAAGCAGAGAAAUUGGCUGCGGAAGAAGCCAUCCGCACUGGGCUCUAUGGGGUUUGGAGAAACGCGGCCAGUGGGCAUGAUUUCUGUGGCCGCAUAGGGCCCUCCUCAAGGUGCCUCUGUGGUCACGAGUAUAGCAGCCAUGUGUGGUCCAAGGGUCGCAAGGAGCUUCGACCAGCCUGUGGCAGCUGCAGCUGCACUGGCUUUCGCUACAUCCCUCGGCGGCCUGAAGAGAUUGGCGAAUGGUGGCUGCCUAGACGCAAAGGUUUCGACAUCCGCAUUUGGAGACCCAAGUGCAAAUGUCAGCACAGCCACGAGGAGCACGAUCCGAACACUUUGUCCUGCAGAUGUUGUGGUUGCCAUUCUUUCAGCUCGGCCUGGGAAUGCAUCACCUGUGAAGGGAAGUGGGAGGACCACGAGUCCCUCUGGGAGAACGAGGAAGAACGGCGGCUGUUGGGAAAACCCAUUGGACAGGCGUUCAUGCCAUUGGCUUCUACACCAGAUAUCCAGCAGAUGGUCCUGCAGACCCCAGCGCAACUCAGCGAUGACCAGGGCUGGUCCCUGCCCUAUCGAUCGAAGCCCGAACGAUCCGUGCGGUUGAUGCAGGAGCGAUGUUCCAACUAUGGCCGCAACAAUUCGCGCGGCGGAGGUCAAGGAUCUCUGGAAGAUGCUUUCCCGCCGCGUCCACCCCGAGGUGUUGGAAGCGCUGGAGCCUCGCAGGCGGCCAGCGGCUUCACUGGAGGCUUGGAGGAUGCAUUUCCACCCCGACAGAGGUCCAACUCGGGAGGCCGACUGCGCUGA